GGGUAGUGUGAUCAGCUGAUCUGUGAUUCCCUGAUGUAGUUGCUCGGAGGGCUCUGCCAGUCUCUGCUCACACUCCACUCACAGCCGCUGCCAUGCAGGUAAGUUAACCCCAUCACUGCCGGGGGGGGCACACACACAAACACACUUACUGACUCAUCUCCAUGGUAACCAGACCUGGACACCCAGGGGUUAACUUUCCUUGUGAUUAACCCCUUACUGUCAUACUGCAGGUGGGGAUUAACCCUCUCCUCGCCGAGGAGACAGAGCCUGAAUUAUUCACUAAACUGCGAAUUGAAUACGAAUGGAGAAAUCCAGGGUGAACUAGAAACAGGAACUGAACUGGAAAACUUCCCCCAACUUUUCACAGUCCGGUUAUUGUAACCUGGAUUUUGCCAUUUGGAUGGAAUUCGCUGCAAUUCGGAGUUUAGUAAAUAACCUUUUGAAACAGUUAGUGAUAUGUGAUCCCAUCCCCCCCACAUGUUAUAAAGCUACUGAUCCCAUGACUGGCCUCUUCACUGGGAGAUAGUGAUUAACCCCCUUCCCUGACUAGGAGCUGGACUCUGUGAUUAACCCCCUUCCCUGUCUAGGAGCUGGACUCUGUGAUUAACCCCCUUCCCUGUCUAGGAGCUGGACUCUGUGAUUAACCCCCUUCCCUGCCUAGGAGCUGGACUCUGUGAUUAACCCCUUCCCUGCCUAGGAGCUGGACUCUGUGAUUAACCCCCUUCCCUGUCUAGGAGCUGGACUCUGUGAUUAACCCCCUUCCCUGCCUAGGGGCUGGACUCUGUGAUUAACCCCCUUCCCUGCCUAGGGGCUGGACUCUGUGAUUAACCCCCUUCCCUGCCUAGGAGCUGGACUCUGUGAUUAACCCCUUCCCUGCCUAGGGGCUGGACUCUGUGAUUAACCCCCUUCCCUGCCUAGGGGCUGGACUCUGUGAUUAACCCCCUUCCCUGCCUAGGGGCUGGACUCUGUGAUUAACCCCCUUCCCUGCCUAGGGGCUGGACUCUGUGAUUAACCCUUCCCUGCCUAGGGGCUGGACUCUGUGAUUAACCCCUUCCCUUUGGACUAGGCCUAGGGGCUGGACUCUGUGAUUAACCCCUUCCUGCCUAGGAGCUGGACUCUGAUUAACCCCUUCCCUGCCUAGGGGCUGGACUCUGUGAUUAACCCUUCCCUGCCUGGGGGCUGGACUCUGUGAUUAACCCCCUUCCCUGACUAGGGGCUGGACUCUGUGAUUAACCCCCUUCCCUGACUAGGGGCUGGACUCUGUGAUUAACCACCUUCCCUGACUAGGGGCUGGACUCUGUGAUUAACCCCCUUCCCUGACUAGGGGCUGGACUCUGUGAUUAACCCCCUUCCCUGCCUAGGGGCUGGACUCUGUGAUUAACCCCCUUCCCUGCCUAGGAGCUGGACUCUGAUUAACCCCUUCCCUGCCUAGGAGCUGGACUCUCUGAUUAACCCCUUCCCUGCCUAGAAGCUGGACUCUCUGAUUAACCCCAUUCCUGCCUAGGAGCUGGACUCUCUGAUUAACCCCUUCCCUGCCUAGGGGACCCCCUUCCCUGCCUAGGAGCUGGACUCUGAUUAACCCCUUCCCUGCCUAGGAGCUGGACUCUCUGAUUAACCCCUUCCCUGCCUAGAAGCUGGACUCUCUGAUUAACCCCAUUCCUGCCUAGGAGCUGGACUCUCUGAUUAACCCCUUCCCUGCCUAGGGGACCCCCUUCCCUGCCUAGGAGCUGGACUCUGUGAUUAACCCCCUUCCCUGCCUAGGAGCUGGACUCUGUGAUUAACCCCCUUCCCUGCCUAGGGGCUGGACUCUGUGAUUAACCACCUUCCCUGACUAGGGGCUGGACUCUGUGAUUAACCCCCUUCCCUGACUAGGGGCUGGACUCUGUGAUUAACCCCCUUCCCUGACUAGGGGCUGGACUCUGUGAUUAACCCCCUUCCCUGACUAGGGGCUGGACUCUGUGAUUAACCCCCUUCCCUGCCUAGGGGCUGGACACACUAAUUAACCCUUUUGCUGCCAUGGAGCUUAAACCCAGGAAUUGAUGUGCAGUCUUUCAUAGUAAUUAACCUCUUUUCUGUCAUGUUAACUCCUUCUCUGAGAGUUGUAACACAGUGAUUAACCCUUUCCUGGGACAGCUGUAACACAUGACUACCUCCUUCUCCAAGAGUGAAGUAGAACUCCCCUUCUUUCUGACAGCUGUAAAAUUAUUAGCCCUUUUGUCUCUGAGCAAAAAAGCAGGAAAUUAUUUAUUAACCCAGUCUGUGAGAUAGAACCUUAUAACAAUUCUUCACCUCAGGUGUAAAAGUCAUAACACUUUGCUCAACCUCAUGGUAUUCAGACAGUUAACCACUACAUAAAUCAAUUUGAAACUUAUUGAUUCCAUCUCCUUGUUCAUAGCCUAGUUAUAAAGCUAACGUAACCCUUUAACUGCCAAGACCAGACUAAUAGCCUGCUUCUUGAUGAUCAUAGGCAGUCAUUGUCUUAUUGACCUGAGAUAUUUUUAUAACGUCUCUUCCUACAGAUGUAUUUCAUAUUUUCCAAUAAUGUGACGCUGCUGUUUGAUUUCUGGACUGUUCACACGCUGGCAGGUAGGUGAUGUUCACACUCUACACAGGAUUGCAUAUUAUUUAUUUACUAAGAGGAGAAAUCUCUGGAUUUAAAGGUUAAUUUAAAAUUUAAGGCCAAUCUAGCCGAACUGGAAUCAUUGUCUAGGCCAGCUAUGCUUCCAGUUUGGCUACUUUGGCCUUAAAUUUGAAAUUCCCUUUUUAUUCACUUUGCAUCCACACCAAUCCUUACUUUAGUGACGAACCCGGUUAGUCUCCAAUAACUUCAAGUUUCUAGUUCUGACCUAUGGAUGUACAGACUUUCUUAUAUUUGCCGGUUAGUCUUCACUAGAAAUCUAAGUGACAGUAGGAACUGCAGAAAUAUAAGAUGUGGGCUGAUGGGCAGGGAGCUCUGUUAAAAGGAAGUGAUUGCUGAGAUGAUUAGUGAAUCUGUCAGAGAUUGGGUGGAGUAGUGUCUAUAGAGAUAGUUUAAAGCUAUGGAAUUGUAAGGAAUAGUCUGACAGAGCAAGUGAAAGUAUUACAGAGGACAGGUGUAAUAUGGGAGACAGCCCGCAAUAUACAGGAUUAUUUACUAACAUGAGAAUUGAACUUGAAGGCCAGAGUAGCUAAAUAUUAGAGAUUUUUUUGCUUUGAAUUCUCACCUUCGUAAAUAACUUGGUGCAUAAAGGUGUACUUGGCAUAGUGGCUUUGCAUUGCGGUAGAGGGGCAGUACAAACAGGUGCAGUAUUUAUACAGAGAUAGCUGUGUACUUUGUUACCUGGUUACCUUACAGUAGUUUUAUGAUGUUAAUACAGUGUAAAAACGUAUGUUUUUCCUGACGUAUUUUGGCAGUACGUAUGGGUUGUGCUUCCUAAUUGGGACAAGCAUCUGCAAGAUAGGUGAUUAAGAAAAGUUCCUCCCCUUUACUUUAUAAAGGGCUUCCUCAGCAAGCACACCUCAGUUCUUCCUUGUCCCAGCACGGGACGGAUCAAGCGUCUGUUGGAGGUGAGGCACACAGGUUGCUGUCUAGGGGAGGAAGCCCGAUAUCUGCCUGGGUGGUAGGCUGAGCGGCAUGGUUCCAUCCACGGAGGUUCCAGAGCCCUUUCUGUUUUAUUUAUGCGCUGAGUAUAGGCGGGCCGGGGAACGCCUUCAUUAUGUUGCAGGCCAUGCGCCUGCACACAGUGGUGGAACGCACGCCUGUGUGGUGUUGCAUUCCACCGAAGUUCCAGGUGCGCUAUUGCACAUGCAUAAACCGGAACUGCCGGGAAACUGCUGAGUGCGGAUUGCUGUACUGUACCCUGUGGCAGCAGGAAGCUUGUCAGAAGGGUUCCCCAUGUCACCAAUCCCCCACACAGCUCAGAGGUUUUCGAGGUAAGAUUAGCUGAUCUUUGCCUUGAAAAUCUGUUCUGAUUAAGAUUGCAAGUUAUGGAUGGAAUUGUUUUGCAGAAAAUGGACUGUAUGUGCAAGAUGGACGGUUUGUACACUGUGGAAUGCCUCUGCUAUACUCCGCUUUUGCUUAUUGUAUCUGUGCUACUCACCUUAAAGGACCACCAUAGGCACCCAGACCACUUCAGCUUAAUGAAGUCGUCUGGGUGCCAGGUCCAGCUAGGGUUAACCCUUUUUUCUAUAAACAUAGCAGUUUCAGAGAAAUUGCUAUGUUUAUAAUAGGGUUAAUCCAGCCUCUAGUGGCUGUCUCAUUGACAGCCGCUAGAGGUGCUUGCGUGCUUCUCACUGUGAAAAUCACAGUGAGAAGAUGCCAGCAUCCAUAGGAAAGCAUUGUGAAUGCUUUCCUAUAAGACUGGCUGAAUGCACGCGCGGCUCUUGCCGCGCAUUCAGCCAAGGAGGAGGAGGAGAGUCCCCCACCCGGCGCUGGAGAAAGAGGUAAGUUUAACCCCUUCCACCCCCUAGAGCCCGGUGGGAGGGGGACCCUGAGGGUGGGGGCACUAUAGUGCCAGGAAAAUGGGGGUUUUCCUGGCACUAUAGUGGUCCUUUUAACCUCUUAAGGACACAUGACAUGUCAUGAUUCCCUUUUAUUCCAGAAGUGUGGUCUUUAAGGGGUUAAUAUGGUUCUGGGGUUUAUAAAUAUAACCAAGGUGCUGCAAUUUCUUGCGUAAAAUUAAACAGUGAUUAUUCCUAUCUUUAAAUUCUUAUAGAGAAUCAAAUAGUGUAUCAGCUGCUCUGCUUCUGGUUAGGAAUGAAUCGGUCAUGGGGCAGGAUAAAUCUGCUAAACUUUGUGUUAUCUGUUCCUCAAACCCAAUGUCUUUCCUACGUGCAGAAAUGGGAACACUCUGUGUAACGAGUCUUUCUUGCCCAACAUUUAAUAUGAUUACCAUCAAAUGCGUGAAUGUUACACCGCCAGGUACACUGAGAAUCCAUACAAUUCUGCAGAAGUAGCUGCUUUAAAAACCCUGUCGUUAACCUCAGAGGCUGAAGCUUCUUGCAGACUGCUGGGUUUCGGUAUGGGUCUUUGCUGGCAGGUGCAGCGGUGUCCAAAACGUAUAACUUUGUUUACUAUCGUUAAUGGAGGUUAUUUAAGUCUCCUGAUAAGCAGCUUGUCAGUUUCCUGUUCUGUUUGUGAUUGUCACAUAUUUUUCAUGGAUUUGACUAAUAAAAUUUGACAAUGACUUUCGAGAUCAUGGGUUGAUCUGCUGUUUCCCUUAUAUCCUGGUGGCUUAAGCUUGGACGGCAGAUCAGCGUCCUAUUCGGUCCCCUGUUUACUCCCAUUAGGGAAAUGGGUAUCUUUUGUCGAAAGAGGAAAAAAGCUCUGCCUCAAGACAACUAGAACUAGGUCUGACAUUGGUAGGCGUUCUGGACGCCGAGAAGUUUGGAGGCGUAAUCCUGCAUUUCUAUACGAAGUGUGGAUAGCUCAGUGGGUUUAGACCUUAUUCAACCCUUGGGGUUCACAGGUUUGUUUCCCCUGCAGGGUUGACUCAGCCCUUCAUCCCUUUGAGGUAGAUGACUGGAGUACCAUUCAAUGGAGUCACUUAACAUUCCCAGGAUGCAUUUGGGAAACCGUAUUUAUCUUAAUGUCUCUUGCCUGGCUUUUAAGUUGAACCUACUUGCAAUCACUGGUUUCUUGAUCUGGUUAAAGAGGGCACCGCUUGCUCUUUUCAAAUCUGCCCAAUUUAUAAUCUUCCGAACAUCUGAUACUCUAUUUACAGAAACAGUGUUCCUGUUGGAUUCAAGGAGUUUGAGGUAUGGUUCUGUGAACCACGAAGUUUGUUGGGUUGCUCAGGAAUCUCCCGGUGAUCAAACUCUGAUCAUUCUUUUAAACCGGUUAUGAAUUUUUAAAUUAAUUGGUUCCGCUCCUGAGGUUCAGAAUUGAAACUUCUGCUUCUGUAACUCUGAUUCUGCAGAAAGGAAUUUCAUGGUAUAUAUAGUUCACAGAGCUAUAUUCCCACAUAUCCCUAUUGCGGUCCCUCAAGAGGUUUUCUGAAAAUACGCCAUAAAACGCUCCCAUAACAGUAAUCCAAAUUGUUAAUUUAAAAUGCAGUCCAGACAUGGACCUCUUGCUCACGGUGCAUAGAGGGAUAUUGCCUAUACCACACUGAUGAUACCUUACAAGGUUGAAAUGAUCAUCUCGGGUUGCCGUAUCUCUCGUGCAGAGGGAACUUGCUGGCGUUUCGGAUUUGGACUGCCCGUACAGAUGGGACCAGUCUGAUAUGCUUCAGAUAUGUUCUCUCUGUAAUGGCACAAGUUGAGCUAAAACCAGCUCGAGAUCUGAGUGGGGACCCACUGAAGGGCAGGCUAAUUGAGCUGUUGUCCGCUCUCCCCUCUCUUGCUACUUGGUUUUUCUCUCCAAUAGCAGCAUAUUUUAGGGAAUGAGGCAUUCCCUACCUGGGAGUUUAGCUACUUAUUGCUAAUAGGGAAGUUUGCCCUUUAAGUAUGUUCUGGUAGCUAGCAGAGCGCUACAACAACACGGUUUAAUACAGAGACUAGAAAGUAUUUUUUUUCUUCUCCAGGAAACAUUGGUUUUUUUUGAGGUUCAUGUUAAUCUUAAAACGUUACCUCUGCACUCAUAAAGGUAAGGUCCAAUUACUAAUAAAGUGAAAUUUCCUCCAUAAGGACAGGAGAGAUUGCUGGGAUGUCUGACAUCUUCAAUUCCUGCGGUUUACUGGGCAAAAUCUGGAUUUGGCUGCUACAGUGGAAAAUUAUCUCCUCUGGGUCAAAGUGUGGAAAUCUUGGAUUUCUGUCUCCUAGACUCUCUUUCUGCCUAUAGAAGGAGUGAUUUUUUCACCACAGAAUGCAUCUAACACAGGCUGGGUCACUCGUCUAAAUUCUUUAAUGUGCCAGCGUUCUUGGUCCUAAGAAACAUAGUCCACUAAUUUCAGAACUCUUAAGGCAGUUCUUCACUCCCCUCACCAAUUCAGAUCUUGGUUGAUUGAGGGACCUAUUACAGUGUGAUCAGACCACAACACUGUUUCCCUCACGUCAACAGACAGGGCCGUGCCAGAGGCAAGGUCUGUUUCAGCUAUGUACCAAAACGGUGUAGUGGGCUCUCUCCAUUCCACUCAUGAUGUGUCGACAAUGUCAUCACCUACAACCUCAGCACAAGAAAUUGUGAUCAAGAGUAAGGGUCUAUAGAUCCGAUCAUGUUCACAGUCUACAGAGAUAUUUGGAGCCCGGAUAGACAUUAUGGCAAAGAGGGAGAACCUGAAGAUUCUCUGGUUUGCCUCUCUGUACAGGACAGAUGGUUCACGUUAAAUAGUUUCUCUAUCUAAGGGUAUUUCUCCACGAUUACAAUUUUUUUUUUUUUUCUCCUAUAGUCUGUCCCCAAGAUUUCUUCAAAGAGGUAACGGACAGGGCAGUGGUUUUGUCAAUCUUUCUUUACUGGCCAAACACGAACCAGUUUUCGGCCUUGGUGGAGAUGACUUUCAAGUUUGGGGAUCUCAAACACUUUUGGAAGACCUGGAUAUCCUACUGGAAGUGUUGAAUAGGUAUCUAAAAUUCUCAAAUCUGGUAUAUAUCCCAUUGAUUUCUGGAUAGAAUUAGAGUAUUUUUCCUAAUCUGUGAGUGGGCUGUCUGCUGCAGUUUUUUGUUUGUAUAGUAGAUACAGGAAUUUUAGAGGGGCACUCUAAGUACCAUAACAACUUAAUUUCAACAAAAUUUUAAUCAUGCCAGGAGGUCCUAGCCCCUUCGUACCUUAAGGGGUUAAACUGUUUAUGAAUGGUUUAAAUGUAAGCAUACAAAGAUGGUGUUUUACAUAUAUAAUAAUAUAUAUUAUUGUUAUUAUCGCUAUUUAUAUAGCGCCAACAGAUUCCGUUGUGCUUUACAAUAUUAUUAGAGGGGAGAUUUAACUAUAAAUAGGACAAUUACAAGAAUACUUACAGAAACGAUAGGUUGAAGAGGGCCCUGCUCAAACGAGCUUAGUCUAUAGGAGGUGGGGUAUAAAACACAUUCGGACAGGAAAUAGCAGUCAGAUAAGGUGGGAGUUAAGCAGAGCUGGAGGAGAGAGUAGAGUGCUGCCGUUUAGGAGAGAGCAAGAGACAGGUAUGUGAGGUAGAGGACAGUCUUGAAGGCCAUAGGCUUUCAUAAAGAAAUGGGUUUUAAGGCACUUCUUAAAUGAUUGAAGACUAGGGGAGAGUCUGGCGGUAAGCAAGCUAUUCCAUAGAAAGGGAGCCGCCCGCGAGAAGUCCUGCAAGCGUGAGUUGGCCAUACGGGUGCGAGCAGUGGACAGAAGAAGGUCAGGGACAGAGCGGAGAGACCGAGAAGGGGCAUACAUCUGGAUCUGUCAGUGCUUUUAUAGGUGUGGGUUAGCACUUUGAAUUCACUCCUAUAGUAUACAGGAAGCCAAUGUAAGGACUGACAGAGGAGUGAGGUGUGAGAGGACCAACUUGAGAGGAAAAUCAGUCUGGCGGCAGCAUUCAUUACAGACUGUAGCGGGGCAAUACGGCUAUUGGGAAGACUUAUUAGGAGAGAGUUGCAAUAGUCCAUGCGAGCGAUUACUAGAGCAUGGACAAGCUCUUUAAUAACAUCUUGUGUAAGAAAGGGGCGGAUGUGGGCAAUGUUUUUAAGGUGGAAUUGGCAUGAUUUGACAACAGACCGGAUGUGCGGCUCAAAGGUGAGGCCAGAAUCAAAAGUAACACCAAGACAAUGUGCUUGUAAGGAUGGGCUGAUAUGGGUACCACCAAUCUGAAGGGAGAGCGAGAGAGGAGGAUUGAUAUUAGGAGGAGUAAAGAUAAGAAGUUCUGUUUUGGAAUGCUUCAGUUUCAGAAAGCGAGUGGACAUCCAAUCAGAGAUAGAAGAACGGCAAGAGGUGACACAUUGCAGGACAUCAGGGGAGAGGUCCGGGGAGGAUGGAUAUAUCUCUAUAUCUCCUCCUGGCAUGAUAAAAUUUUGUGGAAAUAAAAAAAUAAAUAAAUAUAUAUAUAUAUAUAUAUAUAUAUAUAUAUAUAUAUAUAUAUAUAUAUAUAUAUAAUCUCUAUCUCUCUUGAUCUACUCAUUGUUCCCUUGUACAUUAUAGGUUCAAGCAUUCCUACUAGGCCACCUUUAUCUGCAUUUCCCACCAAGGUGGGUAGAUUUCUUAUAAAUGUUUAAAAAAUUGUCUUGUGAAGCAUAUAGCCGUCACAAGUUUGUUACUUAUACGUUUUUGUUGGGUAUAGUACCUAAGCCAUAAUUAAUGAAAAUAUAUUAGUCUUAUUAUUUAAUAUUGAUAAACAAGCUGGUGGUGUUAAACUUGUAUAUCUACGUCACCUAAUCAGGUUACCAUAGAUUGGUUGAUUGUUCUAAUAUCCUUCAAAUUAAAACAAAGGUACAUGUAAAAAUUAUGAUCCCCCUCUGUUUUAACGCCACUCCCUCAUUGGUCACUCCAAUUCUCGUUUAUAAUCUGGUAAAUAUCACCGAGAGGCCAACACCACGCCACUUACGUCAGUGGCUUCAGGACCCCACGGGCCAAAUCAUAGCGCCUCUCUCGCCACCUGUAAAACUAGUUGGGCCUCACUUAUCACCACAGUAGCCUAUAAUACAACUUCGCCACUUGGCAUUAGAAGCAGUGUUAUAGUAAAUGGUACAAAUACCUACGUUCCAACUCUGUUUACAUUCAUAGUAUGUCUCACGUAUCUUCUCACGAGGAGGAGGUCUCUUUAUCAAGCACCCUUGAUAGAGCCGGCUCCCCAUCCAAACUCACAGAUGCCCCUAAUCCAACCUCCAGUUGUUGGUCUUGGACUAUUCCUAAAAUUACGGCUGAACUGAGGCGAAAAAUCAUACCUUUCCCUGCUACAGCUAGGAAGCAGAAUAGUUGGUUUCGAUUUGAUGAAAAUCAAUGAUAAUGACAGGCCAAGCACUAGCCACGAGUGCUCCAUACAAAAUAAUUUGACGGAACUUCACGGCAUGUUCUCAUCCCUGAUGACUUCUGUUUGCUGUAUGAAUAAAAGAUUGGAAAAGCUGGAAAUUACUAAUACCCCCAGCCAAACUGCUGAACCCGCCAUUAGCUCACCUAUCCCACAAUCUGUGCACCCAGGUAAUGUAAAUGUAUCAGCUGUAGCUAGCCUGCCAACCAAGAUCAUCACAUGAGCACAUCUUGUCCCCUUAAACCUCAGGAAGAUAUCUUGGAGGGUAAAGAUGUUAAUUUGGUGUCCCUAUUGAUUGUAUCUAAAUACAUAAUCAUAUUCUUUCAGAGACCUGUCAGUGGUUCUUAAAACCGGAAACCCCAGACUCUAUUAAAAACUUGAAUAUCCCAGACUUUGUUCUGGCUUUUGGCUUGUAUAGAGACGUCAUUUGUUCUAAUCAACCAGCCUGUAGAGAAGAACUAGAUCUAUAUAUGCUCAAAUUAGUGGACCUUUGUCACGGCACACCGGGAGAGGCUGGUGCACUUCGCUCACCAGGCGCUGCAUGAAUUUUGGGAGUGGCGAAAGCUCCAGACCCCCCUCCAAGCCACCAGCUUGCACUUCACUCUCUCCUUGCCCAUUGGCCCCUACAGCCAUCCCAUGUGGGUUGCGACAUGCAGGGGAAAGCAGGCAUGCCCUGUCUGCCUUUAAGCUUACCUCUCCUCCUGUGGGCAUGUUGGGUAAUGUGUUGUGUGUUCCCCAUGCUGCUCCCGGAUCUCCUCAGGGUGACAAAGCUCUGGGGAAUCCAGCUCAGCAAGCAUGGAAGCUGCAUGGAGCUUUGCAAAAUAACUUGUAUAGGGCCUUAGUCUCCUCCUCAUGGGGGGGCUCAAAUUCCCUUUUCCCUAUUUAAGAACAAGCCACCCUAGGGUCUGUGCUCAGUUGUUUUGGUGUUCCCCUGGAGUACAGAGCCAGCUUCUGACUGAAGUAAGUGGUUUACCCUCACCUGUGGAAUUCCCAUGAAUCAACUUUUGCCUGCCUGAAACCUUGAUAAACCCCUGUAACGCUGUCCCAGCUUUGAACUAUUUCCUCCAAUUCAAUUUCUUCAUUUACCAAGUGCUGGUACUCUGGUAAAACACCUUUUUAAAUACUUUAUUUCUUAUGAAGAAAUUGCUUUAUUCAGUUUUUAUACUUCCAUCAUAUUCAUUUGUUUUUCAAAAAUAAAACCUUUUAACUCAGUGACUGCGCCAAAUCUCUGCACGCCGAGUCCAUUCAUCCCAAACCCGUGACGACCUUGGGAAUAAGUAUAGAGGAUAUUCCUUCUACGAUUAUCACAAAUCAUUUCCUGCAAGAGCAGCUGCUACUCUAGCACAGUUUAGUGUAGCAACUUAUUGGGGCCAGAUGGACUCUAGGUUCCUAGUUGUGCCAUAUGUACAUCCGCCACUCAUUCGGCAAACCUUUGCGCAACAGAAAUUAAUCUCCCUUUCACCAGCCACGUCCACACAGAACUCCCAAAUAGACCUAUGCAGAGAGAAUUGAAAGAAGUUUGGAAGACCCAUUAUCCUUCUAUGGCACAGGUAUGCAACAAUUUCAACACCAGGGGGUUGUGGUUUUAGUGCCUGCAGAUUACUGCACUUUUGUUCCUUAUGUUUCAGGGCCCACGCCAAAACCAUGUGCCCAAAUAAGUUGUACCCGAAUGACUGACAACAAUAAAGGUUGACAUUCUGCAUUAUUACUUGGCUGAUCACCCCUCUUGUCAUCUCACUAGAUGUGAAGGUUUUUCUUCAGGAUUUCACACAGGUACAGUGUUCCUUCCAACUGGCACAGUAGACUGUCCUAACCUACAGUCUGCUUCAAAUGAUCCCACUACCGUACAGCUAUUGUUGGAUGAAGAAAUUUCCAAUGGCUUUAUGAUAGGCGCUUUCGCGUGCUGGAGGUCCAGCCCACUGGGCAUAGUGAUGGGUAAAUUUAACGAUAAAAAAAAUAGAUUAUUGAUCUCUCAGCCCCACAUUCCAGUACCAUCCCUAAAUUCACUAAUACCAUCUGGUGAAUUCCCAUUACAAUACGCAAACCUUGACAAUGCCAUCAAGGCCAUUAUAGAUUAUGGGGGGAAAGCGUGGUUAAGCAAGACCAAUGUUUCUAAUGCUUUCAAACUACUACCCAUACAUCCUUCUCUUUUGGCACCUGCAUGGAGUUAAGUGGGACCAGCAAUAUUUCUUCGCUACUAAACGAACGUUUGGGUCUAAGAGCAGUCCCAAGCUGUUCGACAUGUUUGCUGAAACAUUAUGCUGGAUCUUGCUUAAUACAUACAGGUGCCAAAUGAUUAUUCACUAUUAAGAUUUCCUUGAUGUUGAAAAAUCUGACACAAUACUGGUAGGCCUACAAUACAUUUGUUCAAAAAUCUUAACGUUCCAAUGGCAUUAGAUAAAACUGACCAGCCCUGUUACGAAAUCACCUUUAUAGGGGUUACACUUAAUUCCGAAACAAUGCAAGCAAAUCUACCUCAAGACAAAAUAAUGCAAAGUUUGUAAUACAUACAAUUACAUACAUACAAUUCGUGAGUCUUGCACCAGGAAACCAAUCCAGUAAUUGUUAAGAUCACAAAAUUUUGCUAUGACGGUGAUACCUCAAGGUCGUUCCUUUAUCUCAAGGCUACUUAAUUUGCUGCACGGUCUUCCAGACGUUGAUUCCAGGGUUUCUUUUGACAUACAGGCUAAAGCGGAGUUGGCUAUGUGGUAAGAAUUCCUCACAUCAACGGCAGAUCUUUGUUUGUUCCACCUAUUUCAGAUAAUUCACCAGUUGUUUGGACAGACGCCGGUUCAGUAGGCUAUGCAGCCAUUUUUUGUGAUGAGUGGGUACAAUCCAGAUGGCCUCCUGAAGCUAUGCAGCUGGUGAACUUUCCAGAAUCGCCAUCAAUGUUCGACAUCUUUCCUAUAGUGGUUGCAGUUAGUAUCUGGUGCCAUAGUUGGAAGGGACAAGCAGUCAAGUGUUUUUCCUAUAACCUAGCGGCUUGUCACAUUGUUAAAAAAGGAAGGUCUCAGUCUCUGACUAUUAUGAAAUUAAUUGGGAAACUGACUUGGUUGGCUGCUCCGCAUCAAUUUUUCUUAGAAUACAUUCAUGUGCCAGGAAAGAGCUGACCCCUUAUCACGAUCUUAAUUUCAGGAGUUCAUUCACUUACAAGCUACGGCGAACCCACAAUCCAAAGAACCCCCAGUCUUCAAGGAGUUACUAAUGGACUGAACUAUCUACUGGCACAAAGUAGAAUGUUGGCCCAAGCGGGUCUAUCUGUAACUACAAGGAAAGCAUUUCAAAGAGCAUAUAAACUGUUUAUGAAGUUUGUUGCUGACUUCAAUAUAAUGUUUUCUCCUUAGAAUAGAUUGUCGCUUUUACAACUUUUUGCCACAUUUCACUAAAACUGGCCUACAAUACGAUCAAACUGUAUUUAACAGGUAUCGAACAUUACCUACUAACAUCUCAUCCAAAUCAUAACCUCUUAUUAAAGUCACACCCAGUGAAGAGCAUCCUUUAAAAGGUAUUCAACGCUUCAAGUACAGAAACCCCCCCAAACGUUUACCAAUAGACCGUAACAUUUUUCAGAGCAAUCUCAGAUUUGCUGGACACCAAACCAUUCGAAUACUAUACAACAAUAGUUAUCCAAGCAGCCAUAUAUUUGGCUUUUUACGGGUUCUUAAAGCACCCAGACCACUUCUGCCCAUUGGAGUGGUCUGGGUGCCAACUCCCACCACCCUUAACCCUGCAAGUGUAAUUAUUGCAAUUUUUAUAAACUGCAAUAAUUACUUUGCAGGGUUAAGUCCUCCUCUAGUGGCUGUCUGUCAGCCACUAGAGGGACUUCCAUGUUCUCAGAACACGAAAAGUGUUUUAAACAACGCUGGACAUCCUCACACUAUGCAUGAGGACCUCCAGCGUCGCCAGAAUCCCCAUAAGAAAGCAUUGAAUAAUGCUUUCCUAUGCGAAGGUCUAAUGUGCGCGUGCCGUUGCCACGCAUGAGCAUUAGGUCUCCCCCGCCGGCUGACGGCGUGGGAGGAGCGUAGGCGGAGCCUGACCCAGUGCCGAGGGACAUUGGUGCUGGAUUCAGGCAAGUCACUGAAGGGGUUUUAACCCUUUCAGUAACAUGGGAUGGGGUGGGAGGGAGAGUGCAGGAGCCUGCACUGCCAGGAAAACGGAUAUGUUUUCCUGGCACUGUAGAGUCCUUUUUAAGACCAAAAGAGUUCACGGUGGAUCGAUCCAUAUAAACACAAACACGCUUGAGGAAGGCGGGAAUUCCCUCCAAUGGCCAUUGGAGUAACUAAAUGACCUCCAUUUGUCUAAAUAUGCAUAGGGAUUAAGGAGAGAGCGCAGGUAACUUUCUUUUUUUUUUUUUUUUGUCUUUGGUUUUUAACUAUAUAUUGGGGCUGAUGUGUACUGUAGUCAUUGCUGCCGCCCAGGAGGGAUGGGAGUAAGUGCAGGACUUAUCUUUUUGUAAAUGCUUAAGGAAUCGUGAACUAGUAAAAAAUAAAUAAAAAAUAAAUCACUUUUUCUUUGUCCAUUAAACAGUCUAAGAAAAAUCAAAUAGGGCAUCCUACAUUUCAUUCUACCCAAUAGGUAAUAAAUGAUGUCAAGGUGUUUAAAGCAUUGGUAAGUUCAUCAAAUACAUCUAAACCAGAGUCAUUGUUUAGUCUGCAUGGCAAACCAAUGACCACUCAAAAAUUUAUGUUGUACGUUAAGAUGUUGAUCAUUGGAUUAGAAUUAAAUCCAGCAUCAUUUACGGGUCAUUUUUUUUAGGAUUGAAGCAACCACUUCAGUAUCAAAUCAGAACAUACCAACUCAUGUCAUUAAAAAUGUAGUAGGCAUCCAAACUACUAUUAAUGCCCAUGUGUGGAAAAGAAAACCCCUCAGACUGGCCACCACAAAGCUGGGCCUACAGCACACCAAAGGUGGGUUGGGGGUGCCUGAUAUCCGCUAUUAUUACAGGGCCUCGUUGCUGGCACAAGGCCUGAGGCUACUUCGGUCCCUUGAUAGGGAACAGGCUCCCAUAUGGUUAGCACUCGAAGACCUGCCUACACCUGGUUACUCAACAAUUUCCAUGUGGACCAGUGCGCCCAGCCCCGCAGGAAAAAAUGCUUUAUGGUGUACAAAUACCACUUUGUCCACAUGGAAAUCCUGGGCCUUGGUGCUGUUUGAUGCUAAAUCAUUGAUUAAGGUGGCACCCCUCACAGCGCUACAAGCGCACUCCCCUGACCUCGCAUUACACAAAUGGUCAGCUCUGGGAAUACGCACAGUAGGGAACCUAUAUGACCAGGACACAUUAAAAACAUUCCCAGUCCUGUUGAGCGAAUUUUAUCUAGCCCCCAGAGAUCUAUUCCUGUACUUAAGAGUCAAAAACAUUCUACUAUCAUACAACUCGUCCGAGGUGGACGUACAGUGCUCAGUGCCGCUCUCCAUAAGUUACAUCAUGAACUCCCGCUCCAUUAAACUCUUAUCCCUAUAUUAUAACACACUAUGGGACGAGGCUUCACUGCAUAAACUUCUAUACAUAGGGCGAUGGGAGGAGGACAUCGGGUGUGAAUUUACCCUGCACCAAUGGCGGGGGGCCUUUACCCUUACCAAGCGAGCAUCCCAGAGUCUCUCCCUAUGGGAAGCGUACUGUAAAGUUACAAUGCACUGGUACGUAGUCCCCCAUAGACUGUCCAAGAUCUUCUCAGGAGCUUCCCCAGUUUUCUGGAGAUGAGGGGAAAGCACCGGGAACAUUGCUGCAUAUCUUCUGGGAAUGCCCUAGCCUAAGAUCAUUCUGGUCCCGCAUACAAACGCUCAUACACACAGUCACCGCUUUAUCACUCCUGGUGUCCCCCGAAAGCUACCUACUGGCAGAAAUGUUAGCGCGUGUGUGUGUGUAUAUAUAAAAAAAUAAAAAAUAAAAUGUGUGUGUGUAUAUAUUAUAUAUAUUUAUACAAAAAAUUUUUUAUAUAUAUAUACACACACACACACACGCUAACAUUUCUGCCAGCACAAUAUAUAAAUAAAAUGUUAGUUUUUAUUUAAGACCAAAUUGUGUUUACCAUGACAGGUAGGGGGAUAAUACCUGGCAGCAUUACACCGCUAUUGACAGUUCAGUGCUUUAAUUCACAAAUCUCCUAACCUUUCCAAUUGACUUAUUAGGUCUGGUUCUGUCAUUCCUGGUUGUCCUCCUCCUUACAAUCUUGUAUGAAGCCUCCAAGGUUUGGAAGUCCAAUCUCCUCAACAGAGUCCUGCUGACCAUACCAGUGUCUCCCGAACGUUCUCAAUCCCCAACCCGGAGUACGGAUUUAGAAGCAGAGUCAGCUGCAACCUCUGACCCAUUACUGUCCCCUGACAAUCUUUCAAACCAGAACACUGAAACGAUAGAACCUCUCUCUAGGGGAUACCGUUCAUCACCCUGCAGGUAAAAGUACUGACAUUGUCUCGAUGCAUUUCUCUGCACGAGGCAAACGUCUGUAUACCUAGAAUGUUUGGGAGAGCCUAAUGGUGUUUAAGAUUUUUGGUUUAAAAAUGUAAGAUGUGUUAAUAUUUUUUCCCCCUUUUUUCUCUCCUCUUCUGCAUCUGAUGUGGUUGACAGAAACCCAGUACUAUUUUUACAAUGGAGGAAUAGGUAGUUAAAAGGGGACCCACCUAAGCAACAUAAUUACUACAGGUUAAAACAUGUGGUGCUUUGUCCAAAAAUUUGGACUAUCCCAGCCUCAUAAUCUUAUGUCACUUCUGUCUAAUGGAUGGCAUUCAGAGCGCCCUUUUUAAUUAGCAAAAUUAAUACAAAUGAAUCCGCACUGUGGAAUAAGCUGGCGCUAUAUAAAUACCAAUAAUAAUAUCUGUUCUGGGGUAAACUCCCUUGAUUAUUCUCCAGACAUCAAUGUGGCCUAAUUUGCUCAGGUUGACACAAAUUGUAUAAAUAUAGGAGAUCACCACUGCAUCACUGUUUAGUAAAUGUACCCCAAUGAUAACAUGCAACAUUUAAUACUUUUUUUUUUCCUUUCCAUUGGAGUAAUAUCUAAAAACAUCCUACAAAAGCUGCAGAUCUCUACGCUGCAGCUUUGCAAGGCACCCCCUCCUAAAUCGCAGGCUUUCUUAUCACAGACUUUCCAAUGUGUUUGGAGCAAUUUCUGCCUUUUGAGUUAAGCACCACUAAAAAAAGAGGAAGUAAUAGAUUGUCUGACAGCCAGGUGCAGGUAACGAGGUUAAUUUAGUAAAAUGACUUCCUAUUGAAAUCUACACUUUUUGUAAAAUAAAAAGGACAGACGAGCUUUAGUUCUUUGGAGAGACCCUAUAACAUUACUUAUUCAAAUUGCAUACAUUAAUCGCAUGACCUUAACAAAGCUUAUUGUCUGCUCCCAGAAUUCGAGGUGUAGAGUUGCAUGACCACUAGUGUCUGGGAUGGAACCACAUCCAUCAUAGCCAUUCCAACUGGUGUUCUCCGUUUUCCGUGUAAAAUAUGAUAAUACUUUAGAAAAAUGGAAUGUGUAUUAUUUAGAGAAAUCAUUUUAUCUGAAUUAAAGCCCUGCGGAAUUUGUUGGCACUAUAUUAAUAACAUCACGCAGGCACUGCCUAACCCUCAGGGCAUAAACUGUUUGGUUUUAAACCUGAAGUUGGUCCUCCAUGAAGGUUUGCCUUGGCAGCUGGUGGUAGGCUGAUGGCGUUCGACGCCCUGUGUACAGCAAUGAUACAGUUCCUGGGGGAUGAAGUGCGAGGAGUUGCGUAAGAAAAUGGCGGAGCUCACGGGGGACAGAUUUAGUGCCGUAUAAGUAAUUUCAGCUGUUUGCAAAUUGUGGCACUUUUAAAGGAACAAUCCAAACCCCUAAUUAAUUAUAGCUGGUUCCACCAUGUAAGUAGUUAAACUGUUUGCCAAUACCUGUGGCCACUGGGCACCAAUUUCUCUCUCUCUCCUGUCCCGCUAUGAAGUGCUAGGAACAUCCAGCACCUUUCCUGAGCUAAGACUUGCAAUGCUCGGCCUGCUCACUGGCUGAGAAUGUCAGCCGAUCACUCUCAGCCGAUGAGCUGCACAGCUGGUAUUUGCUUACAGCUCUUUUAGAGUCUCGGAGAAGCACCCGGUGGACCUCUGGUUUAACCACUGGUAAAUGGUGCUUGGAGCAUUCCUUUAAGACUGUAAAUGCCAGAAGCGUGAAAUAGAUUUAAUAUCUGAAACAUUUUGUUAACCUCAAACCUUUACAUUUGUGACAUUUAUAUGACCACAGUGAAUACUUAGCUUGGAGGAAAGACGAGACAGGGGGAUAUGAUAGAAACAUUUAAAUACAUAAAGGGAAUCAACACAGUAAAGGAGGAGACCAUAUUUAAAACAAGAAAAACUACCACAACAAGAGGACAUAGUCUUAAAUUAGAGGGACAAAGGUUUAAAAAUAAUAUCAGGAAGUAUUACUUUACUGAGAGGGUAGUGGAUGCAUGGAAUAGCCUUCCAGCUGAAGUGGUAGAGGUUAACACAGUAAAGGAGUUUAAGCAUGCGUGGGAUAGGCAUAAGGCUAUCCUAACUAUAAGAUAAGGCCAGGGACUAAUGAAAGUAUUUAGAAAAUUGGGCAGACUAGAUGGGCCGAAUGGUUCUUAUCUGCCGUCACAUUCUAUGUUUCUAUGAAUACAUGCAUGUAAGUAUUCAUUGGGAGUAUAUAUAUUAGUGGGGGUUUUCUGCUUUUUUUUAAAUGAUGGAGUGUUUUUUUUUUUGUUUUGUUUUUUAAGUGAAAUCAAAGCUUAAGUUUAUUUUCUCCCACACCCAGCUUUCUGACCAGUUUUUGUUGUAUGGGUCAAGUAAUAGGCCUCACACUAGUGGUUUAAGGCACCCCCUCCAGACGGCGUAUGACUGCUCUCUCUUUAAUCACAAGCUAUUGUAAGCAGCCACCCUAUAAGUACAGUCAAACGGUAUAACCCUAUAUUUUGUAAAACUGUAGCACCAGUAAUGCUUUUCCAGACUGGUUUAGAAGGCUUUUGGGGGCAGCAAGUUCAAUUACUUGUAUGGUAUAUUUUUAACACAACUUCCCGUUACCUUUGACAAGCCACCUUCAUAGCCUUCUAUGUGAGAGAUUAUGCUACAAAUCAAGUUCCAAUGAGAAUAGUGCUUCAUGUAAAGGUAUUAUAAGCCACAGUUUUUCUUAAAAUCGUGAUUCCAUUCAUUUUAAUGAAUAAGUGCAAAUUGCUUAGUGCUGAACUAUAUAUCCUACGUCAUUUGCUGGGCAGGUAUAUUUUGGAUGAAGAGAUGGAGGGGUGCUCAUUGGUUACAACCACUUCCUGGUCUGGAGUGCAGUUACAGGAGAACCAAUUCAAUGGUCCUCAUUUAUAUUUCAUUUUGAAAGAUAUCUAGCCACAUUGUCAUUAGCACCCUCAAACAUGCUGAGGUGGAAUUUUGUCAACCAACCUUAAAGGACCACUAUAGGCACCCAGACCACUUAAGCUCAAUUAAGUGGUCUGAGUGCCAGGCCCCCCUAGUUUUAACCCUGCAGCUGAAACAUUGAGGGUUAAUCCAGCUUCUAGUGGCUGUCUUCUUGACAGCCACGAAAGACCGCUUCUGCGAUCCUCAAUGUGAAAUUGCAUUGAUCUGAGUAAUGCUUUCCAAAGGGCGGUUUGAAUGCACACGCAGCUCAGGCCGCGCAUUCGGAGCGGACGUCGGCAGGGGGAGGAGAGGUCACCAGCACAGAGGGAGCCCUGCACUGGAUUAAGGUAAGUGGUGAAGGGGGGCUCCGAGGGAGAACCUAAUAACCCUAUAGUGCCAGGUAAACGAGUUUGUUUUCGUGGCACUAUAGUGUUCCUUUAAGCCCUUUGGUCUUUUCUGUGUUAUUUCUUUGCAUACACUGUGGGUCUAUGCCAAGUUGGCAAGCAUGAUAAUUGUUCAUAAACACCUGGCCAGGGUAGCAUAGAACUAGUCUCCCCUACCAUGUCUUUGAAUAGGAGCAUGUUACGUUGCUGGGGUAUACUGCCUAAUCCUUAUUAUCCUGUUUUCUCUCUGCUCACAGGUGGUGGCUUCUUCAUGGCUUUGUUACCCUGCUUCACACAGCUCAAGUUGUUCUUGGAUACAUGAUCAUGCUAUGUGUAAUGUCGUACAACGCUGCCAUCUUUCUGUCCGUCAUCAUUGGAUCUGCCCUAGGUUACUACGUGGCAUUCCCCCUCCUCUCUAAAUACCCCAAACCCUGCUACCUAUAAGAUGAAGGAUUUUACACUUCAACAGAUGAAGCUCAGUAGUGAUAUUCUUAUUGAAUAUUCUCAUUCGGUCUCACCAUAAGUGCUGCAUUGGUGGUGGCUUGUUCUUCCUAGUCUGUGAAGAUGUUUUACUUUGACACUCGUGCUUCUCCUGGUCUUCCUGCAACCAUUAUCUCCACCUAUUGUCUAGAGACCGCUGCACUGAUCUGGAGUUUGUGUCUCCUCUGGCCACCUGAUGGUGGCAGGUGCCUUAUUGCUCUUCCUAUUGUGAUAACUCCAAUUACAAUACGUAGGUCUCUCCUUUAAAUUAACAGACUACAUAUAAAAUUGCCAAGUCUAGAACUGGAUCCCUAAUGUGCUGCCUACUGUGGGCCCUGUAAUUAAUCAAAUCUAAACAUCAAAAGGGGUCUGUAUGUUGGGUUUAAUGUUUUGUUUCUUUAAAACAGUUCAGAAAGUUAAAAUUAUUUUAAUAAAAUUUUUUGCAGACAGCAAGAUGGCUUAGAGGUGAGGGAUCAAAUUGCUGAUCAGAACAACAUAUGGAAACGUUAACCCAGCAUGGUGGUUUUUUUUAAUAUUGUACUGAAUGUAAAUUUAUUAAGGUUUGUAUUAAAUGUAUUUUAAAGUUAAUAAGUCUUAUUUUAGAAUAUUUGUGUUUGGUUUAUUCUUAAAGGGCCACUCCACAUACAUAAAUAGCUUCAGUAUUUUAAAGGUGCUGGUUUCUAUGAGAAGUUGGCUCUUAAAUGAUUAAAGAUGAAACCCCUCUGCAUCUGUCAAAAAGCUAGGGAUAUUUUGCUUCCUACUUCGGUUAGCUCCCCCUCAGCUAUCAGAAAUGGCAGGUGAGCUCUACUCGCAUCCCACAUCUCAGACAUCAGAUUAGCGAGUGUUCUUUUGGAACACUGUGUGCACGCGGAUUAAUUGCUUCAGCGGCUCCCCAGUGAGUAGACUGUGAUAGGUUAUUUCCUGGAGAAGAGACUGCAGCUUUUGCAAGCUCUUUAAAUAUAUGACCACAGUGAAUACAUGCAUGCAAGUAUUUAUUGGGAGUAUAUCUAUUAAUUAGUCUUUUUUUUUUUUUUUGCUUUUUUAAAUGAUGCAGUGGUCCUUUUUUAAAGUGAAAUCAAAGCUUAAGUUUUUCUUCUGUACCCAGCUUUCUGACCAUUUUUAUUUCCCGUAUGGAUCAAGUAAUAGGCCCCACACUAGUUGUUUAAGGCACCCCCCCUCCCCACACACACACCCAAGACUGCGUAUGACUCUUUAAUUCCAAGUUAUUGUAAAACUGCAGCACCAGUAAUGCUUUGCCAGAAUUAAGGUAAACUGUCAAAGUUGUAGUUCUAUACACUGGCCUAUAGACUUAACGAACAUUUGGGGUGCAAGGUUUAGCAAGUGCUGCCGUAUACUGUAUUUGCUGGUGUUAAAUAAAAAUAUGUACUUAAGUAUUAAUGAGCAUCUUGCAAGCAGAUGUCCAAACCAAUCCGGAGUGUCUUGCUUGUAUAAAUUCUCAGAUAAAAUCAUUAACGUUUUUAAUAAGCAAGUCUUUUCAAGACUCCCAAAAUGGACCUGGGCAUUCUGCAUUAGCAGGAAAAAUCACUUGGGAUAACUAGGACUGUUACUGUAAUAUGUUCAAGAGCUACAAAACAGAAAACGUGUGACACUUCAUUUUCUUAUAAUAAAGUUUAUUUAUUAUAAUUAAAAGCUUUUUUAUUUUAGACGUUUUUAAGUUUUAAUAAAAUAUAUUUUGGAAUUAAGUAGAUCUGGUUACGGAAUAAAAAGGCACUGCUUGGUUUGAAAGGGGCUGGGCGUGGAAUGUGGAUCAGAGACACUCCAGCAGUUCUGGCCUACAUUACCCAUAAUGCCUAGUGUGUGUUACAACUGGACACGAAUGGGGAAAAAUAGCCCACAACAGGUGACGUGAAAAUAGUACAUUACACAAUCUGUAGUAUUUGCAGUCAAACAAAAUACAGUUCAAACUGUGUGGGGCUUUGUAGGGCAGUGUUACAAACACACAAAUUGGUAUAUAAAGUAUGAUAACACCUACUCAAGGACAUCUCUCAUACAAACAAGGAUAUUCUUUGUAGUCCAUCUAUGUAACACUCAUAUACAGGCCUAUCUUACAUGUUCAAUAGCUUGGUCACAAAGGGUGGUACUUUGACAUAUUUAUACAGAAGAAGUCCCUAAAGGUAGGUGUCACAGACACAAAUAUGAGAACAGUUCUCUCUCUAUCCAAAUCAAAAAUAUUGUGAAGCUAGUGUAUGUUUUGGUUAGUGUUUUUUUUCUGUUUUAUGCACUUACUGUAGAUUGGGUGUGAUAUACAGGUGAGGCACAGCAGGAACAGAAUACUUGUGCAGUGACACAUCUUAAAGGGUAGGUGGCAGUAACGGGAGAUGACUAAUGGUAUAUAAGCUAAGCAAACUGACAGACUGUGCUAGUCAAACUGGAAGCACUAGCUUUAGCCAGAUACAGAGAUUGGAUAAAUUAGAUGUCGAGAGCAAAACUUGCUCAUGAUUGAUUGAUAUGUGGUGACCGUGGGUCUGAUCUGACGUAGAAAGGGUUAUUCACUAAAGUGGGAAUUAUCUGGUAUUCGUUGAAUUGUAACUUUUAAGCCAAAAUAGAUUAAAUAGAUUUCCUUUUUUUUUUUUUUAUUAAGUAUUCUGGCCUAAAUUUUGAUAUUUGCUUUGGAUUCCAGACAAUUUAAACUUUAGGAAAUAACCCUGGGAAUGUUUCUGCAAAGCCGUGUGGAAUGUUGUAAAUAUUCAACAGUAAGGAAUGUGUGCAGCGUUCACACGUUUUCAACCCUGUCGUAGCAGAAAAGUCUAGCAGAGCUCAAAGCAUUUAAAUAGUUUUGUGCCAAGGGAUGGAGAGUCUAGCUGUGCUUGUGCCCUCCACAGGAGUUCAUUAUAUGCUCCUCCACCCCUUGUCUCCAACUGUGAACCAGUCUCAAGUUUGAGGAGUUCAGAAUGGAGUGAUUAUUUCAUCUCUUUUCCGUGGUGCAGGCACUGGAAUUUCCCUAUAACCUUCUCCUUCUUCGUCCUCCUCACUCAUCGGAGACUGAAACCCACUGUCAUCUGGUGUGGACUUGAGCUCUUGUGCAUGGAAAGACUGGUUCUCUGUUUCUGGAGGGAAAACCGUGCUGGCCGUUUCAUCCUUUGGCAUCUCACAUGGCAGAACUGAAGGGAGAUGUGUGCUGGAUGGUUCUUCAGAUGAAUUCUCUUCUGGUAAGUCGUCAGGCUUAUGCGGUGGAUGAUCUAGCACCAACUUUUGAUCAUCAUGCACAAUAUAUUUUUGUGCCAACUCUUGCUCUCCACGUGCAACUUCCUGGACGUAGUGUGCCACAGCUUCUCGUGCCACCUCUUGAACAUAAUGUGCAACAUCUGGGUCAUCAUAAGCCACAUCGUCAGCCAUUUCAUGUCUAUCAUGUGCAACGUCUUGGUCACUGGAUGUCAAAUAGUCUGCCCCAUCAUGGUGAUCAUGGAUAAUAUCUUCUUGAACCUCUAUUGUACUAUGUUUCUCCUGUGUGCUGGUUUGUGUCACCCCUUCAUUUUCUGUCCUUAGGUCACUAUGUGCCAAUUCCUCAGCCAUCGGUCUUCCUUGUAAUACAUUUUCUUCAUUUGUAACUUCCACUCCUUUGGACCUGUCUUCGUGUACAGGUCUUGACUGUUCUUGUUGUAUCUGUGUAAUGUGCACAGGCUCUUCCUCCAAAAUGGGUUUUUCUGGUAUUUCUUCAGCAUGAGUAUCCUUAACUGGAACUUCCACAUCAAACUCUUUCACAAGCAUACCUCGGAUUUGGGUAACAUCGCUGGACUCUGGCUCUUCAGGGAUAACUGCGUUUGCAGGUGGUUCCUGGCAGGACGCCGGAUAAUCCGGGUCCUCGUCUUCCUGGAUGAGAGACACCACCUGUCGCGCCCUUCCAUGUCUACCUCCACUUGAGGAUUCAUUAGGAUUGGCAUACUGUUCACUCCAGUCGACCGAUGGCUCAUCCCCCAGUAAGUGUAGGUUUGGAUCGCUGUUGUGCAUCACUAUACUGUCCCGGUAUAAGUUGUGUUUCCGCUGAAUGGCAGCCUCCUUAACCGCUGCAAGAGUAGAAAACCAGAGUUGGCAAAUUAACAAGUGGCCUGACCGACAUGCACCCACCACUAAAUGUUAAAUAGUUUGUAUUCACCAUACUCACCCUGCACAAUAUCUCUCAUCACAGUCUGUAACACAACCUCUUCGUAAGUGUUCUCCACCAGAACAAAUCGCGAGAGCUCCUCAAAUAUGAGUUCCUGAUAACGUGGCAGCUCCUGGUAACAUGAAUAUAAAGUGGACAGAUUCAAGGUCCAGGAAAAUCUAACAAAUUAAUUCAUUGAAAAACCUUUCGGUACC